AUGUCUGCUUGUGAUCUGAUGAACCACAGCAUGCCAUGUGCAAAGACUGACAUAGAUUGUAUCACUCCACGAGUGAAACUGAGUGAUGAGACAUUUAUCUUUAUUGAUGGUAAAUGGGUGAAUGAAAUCUACCAUCAGCCACCCUUUGCUUCCCACGAGAAACACUUUAGCAAGAAGACACAUAAUGAAUGGAGCAUCUGGGAGGAGAACAGAGCACUCUGGGAAGAAAACAAAGUUCUCCGGAUUGAAAACAGCAUGCUCCGGGAAGAAAACAGGGCGCUUCAAUGCCUCCAGGCACAGAAUAAAACUGUCAAGGUCAUUUAUGAUGACACCAUUCAGCAGGGCCUCCAGAAGGAGAAGAAUUCAUUCCCAGUCUUCCCAGAGAGCAGCAUAGGCUUUCAGGUCAACCAAGACAAAGCUCUUCAGAUUGUUCGGGAAAAGAAUAGAGCUUUAGAGAUCUUCCAGCAGGAGAAUAAAGCUUUCCCCAUCAUCUGGAAAAACAAAAAAGCCAUUGCAGUCCAUGAAGAGAGCAAAGAUGCAAGCUCAGUUCUUCAGAAAGACACUCAAACUGUCACAGAUUCAGAAGGUAACCCUGGCCCUGCUCCGCAGCAGGAACACGAAGCGGGGAGCUCCACUCCGACCCAGAAUGAGAAGAAGAGCACCCUAGCUGUGCAGGGUGAAUAUGCAAUUGGCCAGGCCAUCCAGAACUUAUACCAAGCCCUCCAGAUCUUCCUGAAAGAGGACUAUAUUCUCCCUGGAGAGAAAAAGGACAUUCAGAUUCUCCAGGAGGAGAACAAAGUCUUCCAAGAAGAGAACAACAAAUUGAAGCUGCAGUUGAAUGCCGUGAAAAACACUGUGUCAGACAUUACGGCCCAAAUGGAAAUGUUGCAAAAAGAGCUCAAUGCCAUCACUUCCCCAGGGUAUGAAGAAGCAGGACAGAUACUGGAAAGUGAGUAUCAGCUUGGAGAGAUGUGA